ACGUCACGUCAUUCCAUGAUGGCUGAAGAUCCUGGCGGAACAUUUUUCAAUUUCUCUCUCAUUUUUCUUUCUUUCUCCCUACCUCCGCUUGCCAUAGAGACAUGGCAGGACUCACAGGCCCGUUAAGCGUCCACAGAUCAUUGGUGUCGACAUGCCCAAGAAAGGGAACCGAAAACGGCUGAAAUUUAGGGCCGGGGACGUUUGUUCGGAAUCAGUGACCGUUGCUGAUUAUGCUGAUGCCGACCCCGCCGUUGUGAAGUCAGGGAGGGUGAAAAAGGCUGUUGCAAAUGCAGUUGAAAAAGAAGUAAAAUUACUCUGCGGCCUGGAAGCAUCUCAGGGUGCUGUAGAGGAGGUCGUCUCGUCUGCAGCGAGUGUCAAGGUUGACGCUUUGGACAGCAGUGAUGACCUAGACCCUGAAGAAGAUGGAGAAAAUGAAACUAAAGUAUCCCGCAAGAAGAAAAACAAGAGGAGAAAGGAAAGCAGUGAGAGCAGUGAUGGGGGGGAGUAUCCAGUGGAUAUUUGGUUAAUGCUCGCCUCCUACAUUCGACCUGAGGAUGUCUGCAAAUUUGCUCUAAUCUGUAGGAAUGCCUGGACAGUCACAUGCACUGCAGCUUUUUGGACCAGGCUCUACAGAAGACAUUACAGGAUUGAUGCUGACCUGCCAUUUCGUCUCCAGCCUGACUCUAUUGACAGGAUGCGCUGUUUACGGGCCCGUGUGAUUCGUUCCCUUUUCCAUUUGUAUAAGCCGUUCGACUUGCGUGUCUCGAAGAUUCCUGCCUUGCCAGAAUCCACACCCACAACCUUGCUCAAUUCCAAGUGUUUACUGUUCUGGGUCAGAAAGGUGUCAGGGACUCGGCCAGAGGCAUUGUGGGAGUUCAACUUCAAGUUUAUAAAGCAGCAGGGACACAAGAAUGGUUGUGCCAAGUCCUUGCGCAUGCCGAGACAAUACGAAGAUGUCCACACAAACCCAGACUCUGACUGCUACGUGCUUCAGGUCACCACCCUCAACUUCAUUUUCACCCCUGUGGUCAUGGGCAUGACGCUGACCUUGUUCACAAUCAACGUUAGCACAGACAUGCGCCACCACCGCGUUCGUCUGCUGUUCCAGGACUCGCCGCUCCAGCGGGGGAAGAAGAGGGGGGAUCAGGGCGGGACUCAGGUGGUGUUGGAUCCCGUACACAGUGUGAGGCUCAUGGACUGGUGGCAUCCACAGUACCCCUCCUCACCCUACACAUAGGAGCUCCUCAGUUCCUACUACAGCAGAACGUCACACCAAGAACCCUGCUGUUAUCUCAUCCCACUCACCAAACACAAAUAUGAUAUUGGAUGCUUCUGCAGAACCCUGGUUUUUUGUACAUUCACAUUUCAAUUCAACAUUGUUAGAUGUUAAAGAAAGUUAACAUUGUCUGCCCCCCCCAACCUUGUACACCCCACUUCUAGUGUUAUUUAAACAUCAUAGCUCUUCCUGCAUUCGCACUGGAUGUAAAUCAUGUACUGUGACAGGGAUAGGGUUGUCUUUCUGAAAACAUGGAUUAGUAGGGCUGGGUAAUGUGGAAAGGGAAAAAAAAAAAGUCAUGAUAACCAGAAGAUCAUCUGAAAUCAGCCAAUGUUUUGGUAUCUGUUUAUAUAUGAAAAACUACAUCAGAAUGUUUAGUAUUUUCUCACUUUGGACAGCAAAGUAAUGGAAAGUCUAAUUGAAACUGUGAGUUUCAGAUGACAUUGUCAAGAAUUUUCAGAAAUUGUUUUGCAUAUCUCAGACAAAGUGCAUAAAGUUUCAUAAUACAGAAAAUACUGUGAUAUGAUCACAAUGAUAGUUGAUAGACAAUAAAUGUUGACGUAUUGCUCAGCCCUACAAACAUGGUAGAGAGGAAUAUGUACAUUUGGAGCUACCAGUUGCAUAAAAAGAUUCAUAGGUCAGCCCUUAUUUUUACAUAGACAACAUUGUUGCAUGUUGAACCUACACGAGUGACACAUUUCCUAGAAGGGUUUUUAAAACUUGUGGAUUAACAGGGUAGAACAUUUGUACUGUCCUCCCUUGGUUUGUUUUUAUGCUUACUUGAAAAGUUACUCUUGAUUUUGUGUUGGUUUGAAUUUGAGGAAGUUGCAUCAACGCAUUAUGAUUAUUCUUUCAAAACCAUGUUUUUUUUCACAAUGUAUUUAUUUCAAGGCAGCCUUAUUUACUAUUAUGUGGAUAUUAAUGACACUGCUCUAUACUGAAGGGGCCAAAGAGAUGAUUACCUCAGACGUCAUCCACUCAUCUGCUGAUUUGGGCAGUGUUUCUUUUCUUUCUUGGCUAAAAACAUCUCCUUGCGAGUGUCUCCAUGCCGACUAUAUGUGAGCCAUAUCCCCUACUGCCUCCUGUGGAAUCUCAGCCUCAACUUUGAAAGUCUCAAAGUGUUUGAAGUGGUUUGUCUUAUGAGUGUUGAAUGUGGGUAGAAUCAUACCAAUCACAUGCUUGAUUAAGAUGGGGAGAGAGCUACCAUUGACACUGAUACAUCCAUCCAUCAUACACAUUCAAAAUUAUUUAACCUGGAUUGAUUUGCACUUUUACAUAUAUUGUGAUCUAAAAAUACACAUUAGACUAACCACAUGCAGUUUACACUUCCAGAGGUAAAAAGAUAGUUGAUGACAGUACCCCAUAGCAGAAGACCGCUUAAUGUUCCGAUUAGCAGCAGUUGAUUGUUUUAGUGAGUGGUCUAGUUUUAUCAGACAAGAGGUGCAUUGAUAAAUAAUCUUACUGCACUGAAAUUAAAAACUGAAACUGCCCAUUC